GCAAAAGCAUUCUUCACAUCCAGCUGAAUCAAUUACCAUCCCUUCAUAGCAACGACAGCUAACAAAUUGCGUAUAGUUUGCAUUUUCGACAACUGGGGCAAAUGUCUUAGUAUAAUUGAUACCAUAUGAUUGCAAAAAAACUUGAGCUACCAAUCUUUUUUUAAAUCGCUUCACGUACCAUCGGGAUUCAUUUUGAUAGUAAACGCCCACGGCCCACCGACAGCCAAUAACGGAAUACUCUGCCAAAAGCAGGACUAAAUCCAACGUAUGCACUGCUUCGAAUGCUUGUGUUUCAUCCACCAUGGCAUUAUCCCAUUAUGCUUUGCCUUUUUCAUGUUUGUAUGUUGCAAGCACUGAUAUGAUCCAAAUUGGCCACUUCUACAAGUCACAAUUACUUGCCAAAGAAGCUAUCAAGGUUGGAAAGAAGAAGGGCAGCAUUUGGCCAAGUCAAAAUCCGUGUUCAGGGUACAUACUUUGGAGGCAUGGUUCUCUCAAUUGGCUUGGUGGAAAUUCAAUUUUAAGGGUUUGUUUUGCAGAAAAAGUUACCAUCUUUCCAAUGGUAUGCUUUAUGGAUCCAGAAGAUGUCAUUAAGGUUGUUUUCCAAGUCCUCAAAGUUGCUACCUCAAAACCGGAAAACUGCCAGAAAAUGGUUAAGUCUGGAAACUGUUUUGUGAAGCCUACUUUGGAGCUCAGUUCAAGGAGCAUGGAUCUGAUUCGAGACCAAAGGCUUCUAUAACAUCAAACUAGAUAUGUUUGUGAACAAAGGGAAGGAAUUGGAUGACAGAUUGAAGUUCUGGAAAGCCUUGAACAAAAGGCGCGAAGUUAGUACGAAAGCUGCUUUUGACUGUUUGCUGGCAGCUUACCUGCACUUGAAGAAAGAGAGUUUAAAUCCGGAUUUUGAGUCCUUUUUAGAGUAGAUUUUUACCUUAAUUGUUUCCUAGUUCUAUUAGGUUUGUAUUAGGUUUAUUUGCCUUUAAAUAUCUUUCUAAUUACGUUGUAAAAUUAAGACUUUGUGGAAUAGAAAAGAAACUGUUUGGUUUGUGCAAGUUGCGACUUGUUUUGGGUUUGGUGGAUUCCAAACUUGCUGAGCUUGUGUAUCGAUUGAAUAGUCACUUCAAUCGUGGUCGAGCAACUACCCUUUUAUACCAAUCGAGCUAUCCCCAGGUGUGGAUUUGUCCUUUUGGUUCCGUUUAUUCAAGUUCGUAUUAAGAACGCUUCGUUCUUGAUUCGAGCUCAAUCGAUUCUUCGAUUCAGUCGUUAGCUGCGUGACUUUGAUAAACAUACACUCCCCCAGGGGCGUAUCAAGUGGUAUCAGAGCCCGAUUCUACACAAGGGCGAAGAAGAGUACGAAAACCUACUGUUUCGUACAAGCAGAUUUCGUCGAGAAACAGGGCAGCCCCUGUUUCAUAAUUCCAGCUGCUGUUUGUGCUUGAAGUUUUCGAUUCUACACCAACAGAUGGUGGAGAGCAGUGUAGAGGCAAGGAAGACGCAAAUUCGUGUCCAAAAGAAGCAGCCAGCAGUCGUCAUUGAACAUCGUGAAUCUGACGAGCAAAGAGACAAUCUGUUUCACAGUCGCUGUUUGAUCAAUGGAAAAGUGGCUUCGUUGGUGAUCGAUGGAGGGAGUUGCGCCAAUUCGAUCAGCGAAUAUGCCGUAAGAAAGCUUGAAUUGAAAACCCAGAAGCAUCCUAAACCGUAUCAUCUCACCUGGCUCAACGAACAUGGAGACGUGAAGGUCAACAAACAAGCAGAAAUCGAAUUCAGCAUUGGUAAGUAUUCGGAUUUUGUGCUUUGUGACGUAGUUCCAAUGCAAAACGUCCAUAUUCUGUUGGGUAGACCAUGGCAAUUCGACAGAAGGGUGUUACAUGAUGGCUGGGAGAAUUCUUAUACAUUCAAACACGAAGGCAUGAAGAUCAAAUUGAAGCCUCUAUCACCCGAUCAAGUUUUUGAUGAUCUAAAACAGAUGGAGGAGAAUCGGAACGAAAGAAAAAGUGUUCAAGCUCAGUUGUGGGUUCAAAGGAGUGUUGGGUUCAAUUUCAUGAGUCUGCGAAAGCUAGCGAGGGGAGUUACAGAAUCGAAACCACAUGGGUUCAACGACCCCUGUUUUGUUGCUGCUAGACAGAGUUUCGAACUUCCAAACCUUGUCAAGGAAGAAGGAAGUGAGCUAAGGAGCGAGACCACGCCAGAUGCCUUCCUUGAGGUUAAGGGAACGAGUAGGAGUCAAGAAGAAGCUCUGGAUCGGGCUGGUGAUGAUCGAUUUCCUCCCUCGACGACUCUGCCACCACUCUGCCACUUUCCAGAAGAACAGAGUGUUGCAGAACAGAGCGCCAACGACGACGAUCUCGUCAUGGUUACGGGAGCAGAUUCGAGUGAGUCCGCUGCUACCAAAAUGUCCCAACAAUGUCCAGGAAUUAAUUCGACAGAUUGGUUAAAGCCGAAUCAGGUCAGUUUUCCGAAACCAAUUCGCGUGCCAACACCCAUGGAAACGCUCAAGAACAAAGCCAAAACUACCGAAUGGGUUGGGGAGAUCGGGUAUGAUUCGACACCACAGGCUGCUUCGGAAUCAACACACACAGUCCCAGGAAGCUGUAGGAUCGCUCAAUUGUCCGCGAAGACUCCUGGAUUACAAAACCCCAAUUUGCAAAUCUCCAACAGAAACUUGAAGAAACACGACCAAAAAAUUGGUGAAUUGGUUGUGGAGUUUGAGGGCUAUUCGGAGCCAACCACCACUCGAAGAGUUUGCUAGUGUCCCAAAGAAGGUGUAGGACACGAGAGAUCGCGACGAAAGUGCCCGAUUUAAAAACGCCCAAAUUUUGUUUUGCGUCGCCGGAAUCUGGGUUUCCUUCGCCGGAUUCUGGAAAUUUUGAAUUUUCCGACGGCGGGAAACUCGGGAAAUUCACUUGGUGUCAAAGCUGGACGAUUCAAAGCUUGAAGUGGGGUGAAUUCCCUUCCUGUGAUCAAGCCGAACAUGAUGGGGGACUUCAAUUGGAUCGACAUUGUGCAGAGAAGAAACGCUCAAAUUCAAGUAAGUCGCCGGAACAUUCAGAGUCGCCGGUUUCUGGAAAUUGGUCGCCGGAAACUGGAAAUAUGGAAUUUCGCGUUUUGGGUUCGUUUGAUCAAGUUGUUUUCAUUGGUAAGGUCUAUUGGAGCCUCACGAACGUCACGGAACUUGAAUCGUGGAAAACAGCCGCAGAUUCGCGAGUUAACGAAGGGUUGAAGUUCGACAUUGCAAGUUCAAGGUACCUAUUUCGUGACUCGAUUUGGGAGCAAUUUUGUGACGUUUUUGACAAGAAGCAGAUUCAAGCUUUGAGGUCAAAGCUUUUUGAAGAGGGGGAGCCUGAUAUGAUCCAAAUUGGCCACUUCUACAAGUCAAAAUUACUUGCCAAAGAAGCUAUCAAGGUUGGGAAGAAGAAGGGCAGCAUUUGGCCAAGUCAAAAUCCAUGUUCAGGGUACAUACUUUGGAGGCAUGGUUCUCUCAAUUGACUUGGUGGAAAUUCAAUUUUAAGGGUUUUUUUUUGCAGAUAAAGUUACCAUCUUUCCAAUGGUAUGCUUUAUGGAUCCAGAAGAUGUCAUUAAGGUUGUUUUCCAAGUUCUCAAAGUUGCUACCUCAAAACCGGAAAACUGCCAGAAAAUGGUUAAGUCUGGAAACUGUUUUGUGAAGCCUACUUUGGAGCUCAGUUCAAGGAGCAUGGAUCUUAUUCGAGACCAAAGGCUUCUACAACAUCAAACUAGGUAUGUUUGUGAACAAAGGGAAGGAAUUGGAUGACAGAUUGAAGUUCUGGAAAGCCUUGAACAAAAGGCACGAAGUUAGUACGAAAGCUGCUUUUGACUGUUUGCUGGCAGCUUACUUGCACUUGAAGAAAGAGAGUUUAAAUCCGGAUUUUGAGUCCUUUUUAGAGUAGAUUUUUACCUUAAAUGUUUCCUAGUUCUAUUAGGUUUGUAUUAGGUUUAUUUGCCUUUAAAUACCUUUCUAAUUACGUUGUAAAAUUAAGACUUUGUUGAAUAGAAAAGAAACCGUUUGGUUUGUGCAAGUUGCGACUUGUUUUGGGUUUGGUGGAUUCCAAACUUGCUGAGCUUGUGUAUCGAUUGAAUAGUCACUUCAAUCGUGGUCGAGCAACUACCCUUUUAUACCAAUCGAGCUAUCCCCAGGUGUGGAUUUGUCCUUUUGGUUCCGUUUAUUCAAGUUCGUAUUAAGAACGCUUCGUUCUUGAUUCGAGCUCAAUCGAUUCUUCGAUUGAGUCGUUAGCUGCGUGACUUUGAUAAACUUCAGGUUCCACAUUUUGCGCAACCACAGAAGUAGAACUAGAAGAUGAUCCGGAACUGGAAUGGGAGCUAAAACGCAAGCUAAUGCCGGGAGAGGAGGGACCAGAGUCGGAAAUCGAUGUCGAAGAUGAGGAUGCCAAACUCUCAUCACUGCUAGUGGCAAACGUGGAGGGAUCCGCAGGAUCAAUCUCAGGAUCCGUGCAUGGAAAAGUGAACUCACAUGGAUCCAAGAAGCUUUAGUCAAGAGGAGAUGAUGUUGCGGACUAUGAAGUACUGUGGUAGAGUUGAUGUUAAAAAAAACACAUGACAUGAUACACGAACUCUGCGGGCAGCUACAUCAUAGUACAUAUAACCCUUAUGUUUCUCUGAGUAUCCCAAGAAAACACAUUUAAUAGACUUUGGAGUAAGCU